GACACAGCUGACCGUCGUCUGCAGCAGCACAAAUACACCAGGCUAAGCUAACACUGUGGGCAGUUAGCAGCAGCAGCAGCAGCCGCCGCAGCAGCAGGAGGAGCAUAGGAACUACUGUCCGUGUGAAGUCAGCAGGACCGCGGACAGACACAGGACCCGGAGCCGCUCUCCCGUUUUUAAACCCGGCCAUGCAAACGAGUAGUGUCGGAGCUAGCUAACGUUAGCACAGUCCCGUCGGACGCGGGGACGCAGAGGAGGCGACAGCAUCACCGGGGGAGCCGUUAGCUGAGUUUCAAUGUUAUUGUUAAUUUCAAGCACAGUUGCUCACAAUGUCCUGCUCUGGCAACCUGGUCUGGGAUGUAAAUAAACGCUUAAUCGGAUUCAACGAGCCGAACACCAUCAGGACCAACUACUUAGGUAGACGGGAAUUUGUGCAGAGGCUGAAACUUGAAGCGACACUGAAUGUACAUGAUGGCUGUGUCAACACAAUAUCCUGGAACGACACGGGAGAAUACAUCCUGUCUGGGUCAGACGACACCUUUCUGGUCAUCACGAACCCGUACAACAAGAAGGUCAAGAAGUCCAUACGUUCAGGUCAUCGGGCGAAUAUCUUCAGUGCCAAGUUCAUGCCACACACCAACGAUCAGGAGAUCGUGUCAUGCUCUGGAGACGGCAUCAUCUACUACACCCACACCGAGAAAAGUGCAGAGUUCAACAGACAGUGUCAGUUCACCUGCCAUUACGGGACAGCUUAUGAGAUUAUGACGGUACCAAACGAUCCAUACACAUUUCUGUCGUGUGGCGAGGACGGCACGGUGCGAUGGUUUGAUCUCCGCACAAAGACGAGCUGCACUAAAGAGGAGUGCAAAGACGACAUCCUGAUAAACUGUCGGCGGGCGGCGACCUCGAUAUCCAUCUCGCCGCUGGUGCCGUAUUAUCUGGCCGUGGGCUGCUCCGACAGCUCGGUGCGAAUCUACGACAGACGUAUGCUGGGAACCAGAGCCACAGGUAACUACACGGGUCGGGGGACGACGGGCAUGUGCGUUCGCUUCGUCCCCGCCCACCUGUCCAACAAGUCGUGCCGGGUGACGUCUCUCUGCUACAGCGAGGACGGGCAGGAGGUUCUGGUCAGCUACUCCUCCGAUUACAUCUACCUGUUUGAUCCCAAAGACGACCAGGCCCGCGAGCUGAAGGGCCCGUCAGAGGAGAGGAGGGAGGAGCUGAGGCAGCCUCCAGUGAAGCGUCUCCGACUACGCGGCGAUUGGUCCGACACUGGACCCAGAGCUCGCCCCGAGAGCGAGAGGGAGAGAGACGGAGAACAGAGUCCAAACGUGUCUCUGAUGCAGAGGAUGUCGGACAUGUUGUCUCGCUGGUUUGAGGAGGCCAGCGAGGCUCAGAGCAGCAGAGGAACACGACCACAGGCACGACCCAGAGGAACUGCCAUCCGCCCAGAGGUUGUGUCAAAUCCACCGGCUGCUCCUGCGGGAGCCUCCAGUCAGGAGUCCAGCGCCCCCGAGAGGCCUGUGGGGACAGACACUCCAGAGGAACCUGCGGCUGCCACCUCCACAGCUGCUGCCACAGCUACUGCCACCGCCACCGCCGCCCCCACGAUGCCCAAGUCCACUUCCUCCUCCUCAGGGUCGUCGUCGUCAGCAGUCACAGCACCUCCUCCCUCCACCUCGUCAUCAGUGGAGACUUCAGCUCCGUCCUCCUCGUCCCUCACCUCCUCCCCAGACUCGGAGCAGAGGAGUCGGACAGACGCGAGUAGGACUCGCGCGCCUCCAACGUCCGUGUCUGCAUCGGCGUCCACCUCAGAACCUGCACUCUCAGAGUACGGUCCUCACCGACUUCCCAUAAGUUUAGUGUGUAGGCGUUUGCAGAGGUUACUUCGGCUGGCCGACCCUCCAGGACAGGGUCCGCGAGCAGCCGCUGCUUCUUCUUCUUCCUCCUCCUUCUCCUCAUCCUCCUCAUCCUCUGCAGCCCCUACGAGACAGUCGCAAAGAGACGCUGCUGCCGCUGCGGAGACGCCCCCUCGUACAGAUUCACCCUCGUCUGUCGUAAACAAACAGCUGGGAUCCAUGACUCUUGACGAACAGCAGGGAGGAGCAGAAACCGUAGGUUCACUCCCCGUUCCUGCACCAGCUCCUGCACCCGCUCCUGCACCAGCUCCUGCACCAGUUCCUGCACCAGCUCCUGCACCAGCUCCUGCACCAACUUCCUCCUCCUCCUCCUCCUCCUCCUCCAUCAGCGGCACCAGUCGUCCCAGUACCGCAGAGCCGGUCCUCAGCCUCCACUACAGCUCGGAGGGAACCACCACCAGCACCAUCAAGCUGGACUUCACCGAUGAGUGGAGCAGCACGUCAGGCACGAUGAGCGGCGCAGCUCACAAAUCCUCCGAGGCAGCGGCCGUUCAGAGCAGAGAGAGUCUGCCGACGGAGAGCCAGGGUCCCUCAGAGGCUCAGAAGCAGCCAAGUUUGUCGACCGCUUCGACAGAACCCACAUGCUCCGCCUCAAGCUCGGCGGCUCCAGUAGCAGCGGCGGCGGCGGGGGCAGAGAGCUCCUCACAGGGGGACGGCGCGUCCUCGCUGCCGCAGAGGAGCCAGCCGGAGGGUGCAGAGGACACGUCGGGAGGCUGCAGGAGGACGGAGCCUGCCGUGCCCUCAGUGUGGGAGGGUCAGAGUCAGCCCGCACGAGCCAACCAGGACUCGGACGACAGCGACGACGACCCCAUCCUCAUCCCGUCGGCAAGGCUGCGAGGACAGGGACAGAGAUUUAACACCAGAGGAUCUGCAGUAGGAGAUAGGAUGAUCAGACGCUCGGCAGCCGCUCGUAUCCAGGAGCUGUUUCGCAGGAGGAAAGAGAGGAGGGAGAUGGAGGAGAGCGAGACCCAGAAUAUCAGGAGACCCUCAGUCAAGAUGGUCUACAAGGGCCACCGCAACUCCAGGACGAUGAUAAAGGAGUCGUGUUUCUGGGGCAACAACUUUGUGAUGAGUGGCUCGGACUGCGGCCACAUCUUCAUCUGGGACAGACACACAGCAGAGCACCUCAUGCUGCUGGAGGCCGACAACCACGUGGUCAACUGCCUGCAGCCGCACCCCUACGACCCCAUUCUGGCUUCUUCAGGAAUCGACUACGAUAUCAAGAUUUGGUCGCCGCUGGAGGAGUCGCCGUCUUUCAACAGAGUCCUGGCUAAUGAGGUAAUAACUCGUAAUGAGCUGAUGCUCGAAGAAACAAGAAACACAAUCACGGUCCCGGCCUCCUUCAUGCUGAGAAUGUUGGCCUCGCUCAACCACAUCAGAUCAGAUCGACUGGAGGGCGAUCGCUCUGAAGGCUCAGGGCAGGAGAACGAGGACGAACACUAGCCUGACGGGAUUUUAAUUUUCAAGAAAACACUGUUUCUUUUUUUGGCUGGAAAAGCACUCAGAAGAGGGGACACACACACACAAACAAACAAACAAACAAACAAACACAGAAAGAGAGACAGAGCGCAAGACAUUUGUACAAGUGGAGUGUAGAAUAUUUUCUUUUUGGAUAUUAGUAUAAUUUCUAUCCCCCCCUUGUGUUUGUUUCUCUUUUUUUUUUAAAAAAAGAUGUAUUUCUUACUGAUGUUUCUGUACGAGGAUUAAAAAGUACACCUGUGUGAAUGCAAAGGGCAGAGACGUCAGUGUAUACAGUAAAUAUAUAUAUAUUAAUAUGUGUGUGUGAGAGUGAGCGAGCGUCAUGGCGGUGUGAGGAGUGUGAGUAUGUUCAGUGCAAUAUUAUUUUGUUUGGAGACAGUGCGCUUUGAUCAGUGUUAACGUGUGACAUGAUGGAUUUCUUUUUUUGUAGCACAAAGUUAAGAAGACGUGUUGACGCAUGUGAACAAGGAGUUUUCAGUAAAAAAACAAACAAAAACACAUUUGGAAAAUGCUUUGACUUAUUUUGGUCUGUUUUUUUAGAUAGAAUCCAAGCUGUGGUUCUUUUCCCUUAAAAAAGGAUCACAAUGCUAAAUUAUUUUCUUUUUACAAAAAAUAAAUUGGAAAUACAGUGGCAUCUUACAUGUGUCUGCACUUGUGUGGAAGAUUAAAAAAAAAGGGGGGGGUAGUGACUGUUUAAUGAAUUUAAAUUAAAUAAAAAUAAAAUACACGGCUGUUUUUGGUAGCUGUUCAUAAAGAUACUGAUUUUUUUGCAGCUUCACUGAACAGAUUAAACUUCAACAACAGUUAAUUUUGACUAAACUUCAUUAUUUUGUUACCCUAAACAUCAGCUCGCGUCGACUCCGAUCUAUUCAGUUAUUUGUGAAAGUGUGGCUAUUUCCUGUUUUUUUUGGGGGUUAGAGUUUUAGUAGUAGCUUUUCACUCAUGGGUACAAAACGGGGUUUCCGGUACAGAUCUGUGUGGUAGUGACGGAUCCUUUUUAUAUUUAUAUCAGGAACAAGGUCAGCUCGACAGAAGCCACCAUUUUUGGACCGGGAUGUUCUUCAACACACUUGGGAAGGGAAGUUUGAGGUCAGGGAUAAUAAAUGUUGAUACCUUUUACACACAA